AUGACGAUGGAUCACCUCAUUCACACCUCUCACAUGUCAGAUGAGGUCUUCACUGCACUCCCAGAUGAUUCCCAGAAACUCUGCCUGUACUUAGUGCAGGGACUGGCCACAGCAGCACACAUACAGCAAGAAGAGAUCACACAGAAGACCAAGGGGUGGGAUCAGCCAGUCAACAGUGGGCCCAAAGAGAAUUUUUGCCCUGGACAUUGGGAGAGCAGAAUCAGCUCCCAAGACAGAGACAUUUCCAUCGCCGUGGUUCUUCAAAGAGGAAGAAGAUGUCAGAAUUGGGAAAUACAGUGGGGCCAGCUCACCGAAAGUAUGUCAAAGCCUAUGAGGGAGUACGGGCCUCAAGGGGCGAGAGGAACACCAGUGGAAAGGAAGGCCGGCGAGUUGGUCAUAACGGCAGGUGAAGAAAUUAAUGAAGACUAUCCAGUAGAAAUUCAUGAGUAUUUAUCAACAUUUGAGAAUUCCAUUGGUGCUGUGGAUGAGAUGCUGAAGACCAUGAUGUCUGUUUCUAGAAAUGAGCUGUUGCAGAAGUUGGACCCUCUUGAGCAAGCCAAAGUGGAUUUAGUUUCUGCUUACACAUUAAGUUCAAUGUUUUGGGUUUAUUUGGCAACUCAGGGAGUUAAUCCUAAGGAACAUCCAGUAAAGCAGGAAUUGGAAAGAAUCAGAAUAUACAUGAACAGAGUCAAGGAAAUAACCAAGAAAAAGGCUGGCAAGCUGGACAGAGGUGCAGCUUCAAGAUUUGUGAAAAAUGCCCUUUGGGAACCAAAACCUAAAAAUGCAUCCAAAGUUGCCAAUAAAGGAAAAAGUAAAAAUUAACCCUUUGGUUUUGAUGUACACAUAAUGUAAAAGUACGUCACUUUUAUUGUUUUCCACAAAAUAGAUGAUU